AUGACAAAACGAACAAAUACAGAUUUAGAUGAUUUGGAUGGUGAUGAUGAUAAACCUCAAGCUCCAAAAGAUAUAGAUGAACAAGAUGAAGAUGAAGAACAAUCAACUGCUGUACAAGAUAUAAAGAGAUAUAAAUCAACAACAACAACUACAACUACGACAACAUCUACAGCAUCUACAACUACUCGCAAUAAUAGUUUAGAUAAUGAUGAUGAUGAUGAUCUAAAUGAUAAUAAUAAUAAUAAUAAUAAUAAUAAUGAUGAACCAUUUACUGGAGAAAUAGAAAUUCAAUUAACUGAAGAAGAAUCGAUAUUGGCUUCUAUACAAUCACUUGUUGAAAUCGAGUUUGACAAGACACUCUAUAAACAAUGUCCUCCUUUUAUAUUACAAUCACAUCUAUACUAUGUAGAGAAAAAUAAAUCAAAAGUUGAUAAGAAUCUAAAACAAGGAAAAAUAAGAGUAAUGAAAUUAUUGACAGGACAAAAUGAUUAUGGAAUAUUGAUGACAAGUGAUUAUAUAAAGAAGAUUGAAUCACUUAAACUAAACACCACCAACACUGCCACUUCUACAGCUACACAAGACCACCACCAACAACCUUUUCAUAACCAAGUAUUGGAUCAAUUCAUCAAUUUGUUAAUACCAUCCUUUACAGAUGUUAGUAUAUUCAGAUCAAAAUUACAACAAAUUUUACAAUUAUCUCCUCAACAUAUUGAAAAUGCUAUAACGAUAUUAGUACAAUCUAAUUUAUUAUUAUUAAAUGAUGAUGGAAAUUAUUUAUUAAAUGUACCUGGAUCGGGUGGAUACAUAACAAAUCUAUCAAAAGAUCUUUUAAUUAGUGGUGAUAUUAAAAGAAUAUAA